AUGGCGGUGGGGAGCUCGAUGUGGCCAAGACCGGAGAGGUGCGGCGUGCUGGUGUGCACGAUUGUGAUGGCCUUCAUUUUUGUGGCAUCGCUGCCGGUCGAUGCACUUGCAUCCAAGGCCUCCCUCGCAGCAAGCGUGCGUUUCGAUCCUUCCUCGGGUCUCUACCACGCGGCACCAGCAGGCACCGACGCGUCCCCCGCCACCGGCUACUUCGUGCCAGGCCUGAACAAGACGGGCUGGGAUGUGCUGCAUGUGGUGGGCUCGCCCAACUACACGCCCGACCAGCAGAUGUUUGCCGCCGGCUACGUGGAGGGUUUCCUGACGGCGAAGCAGAUCUCGGACUGGUACACGAACUACGAUGCCAACCUGUUCCACACCAAGCCCGUCUCGGAUGGCCUGCGCAACUACCUCACCCAACAGCUCUCGUGGGCUCGUGCCAUGAGUGAGAAGAUGAAGCACACGUUGGACUACUGGAUGCACGUGUCCCUCAUCCUGCAACAGUUCGACGGACUCGUCGCGGUACGCACUGCUUGCAUGUGA